AGAUUGGAGUGAGGUGUUGUAAUCUCUUAUCUCGUUUCAGAGCCACCAACUAUUACAGAAGAAGACUUUGAAGAUUCUUUGGCAACAGAUGAUUUCCUCGUGGACUACUUUAAUGAAUUCCUAAGCCUUCCAACCUUUCCAGAGGCGAUUAGAUUUAAUAUGGAUUAUGGAGUUUUUGAAAUAAUUAAUGAUGCACCACAACUUCUGGAAAAGCAAAUGAAAAAAAUUCUACAAAACCAUCAACCUCGAAAUCCCAUCUAUGAUGUUGUAAGGAAAGGAAAGAAUGAUGUUAAACCUGUGAGUGCUCCCUAUGAAGAUGAGAUCAUUAAUAUUAACUACAAUAUUAUGUGUCUCAGUCGUGAACAAGGCAUUGAGUGGAUCAAAAAAGAACGACUUCCAGCAUUUCUGGAAAGUGAUUGCUAUUUUGAAUACAGGUUAGCCAAAUUGGUCUCACAAGUAAGAUGGAGCAAGUCAGGCAUGACUUUCACAAUAGGUACAAAUUUUUCUCCCUGGGUCAUGAAAAAACCACCCAGUCUACCACCUCCAGCUGUUGAAGAAGACGAUUUUGUCAUUAUGAAGAAGUUCUACAUUUCUCUCGGAGAGGCCUCCUAUACUCAAACAAAAGAUUGGUUUACAUUAGCAAAGCAAAGUCAGCAAACAGUCUCCACCUUUUCAUUACCCUGUUGCAUUCUCCACAACAAAGUCCAAUCAUCUGUUUCUGAGAGUUUUAUCUUUGAUGAUGGUGUUCACCCCAGGACAAGAAAAGGCCCGUCUAAAAGUACUAAGUUAUUUUCUGAGUUUGAAGAUGAAGAAGACGAAGGGUCUGUAUCUCUACAUGAUACUCCUUCCCAAGCUCUUCUGAGACUGUAUCUUGAAAAGCAACAGGAUGUUGAUGAAAGCUCGACAUUAUAUUUCUCGACAUGUGAAGAAUUUUUAGACUCUUUUGUAAACUUUAUUUUGGUAGUAGCAGUUCAGCAAAUUACCGGAGAGCCAUUCCGAGAAAGCCCAGGCUAUAUAAACUUCACCAACGUAAGACAAAUAUCUUUUGGUGAUUAUUGUGAUUCUGUCAUUUGCAAAAAUUUUUUAAGUAAACCAGUUCAAAUUACAGAGGAAAGGUCAGAGGAGAAUUUAGACCAAACAAGUUUAAGUUCACAGAGUGAGAGUCCUGGAGCAGAGACCAGGGCUGACUGGUGCCUUUCCCACCGAACUUAUGACAUUGGCAAUAGAAAAGAGUUUGAACGGUUUAAGAAAUUUAUUAAAGGUACCUUAGGAGAGAGAUACUUGUGGCUGUGGAUGGACAUUGAGCGGUUAAAAGUUCUUAAGGAUCGUGGAAGACAUCAAAGACAUCUCGAAAAGAUGAAAAAAUUCUAUCUAGUGAGCAAUGGAGAUUGCUACCUUUCUGCAGAAAUCUUAUCAAAAUUUAAACUGUUAGAUGGAUCUCAGUGGACGGAAGAACACUUAAAAAAUAUUCAGUGUGAGGUUGUAAAACCUUUACUUCUAUAUUGGGCACCAAGAUUCUGUGUUACUCACUCAUCCUCAACAAAAUACGCUAGUGCUGAAUUGAAAUUCUGGCACCUCCGUCAAGAGAAACCAAGGAAGGAUAUUGAUCCUUUCCCACAAAUGGCAACCCUCUUGCCAUUAAGACCCAAAUCUUGCAUCCCAAUGAUACCUGAGAUCCAGAAGGAGGAUUUCAGUUUGCAACAGCCUCCUAAAUCUCCCAAGAAAUCCGUUAGAGUGAAAACAGCAACUCAGAAAUCUUGGAGGAGCGAGUCUUUGCUUCCCAUUUCUCCUAAGGAUGAGGUGUUUGAGAAAGGGUCAAAACAGGAGUCAGAAAGCAACAAAGUUAUUCGUUUAACAUCUUUUACUGACAUCUCUGAAUGUCUGAAGCCGGAUCUGGAUAGAAGAUUUACUUAUACAGAAGAAUCUAAGGUUAAAACCAUGUCAGAUGUUGGUGCCUUGGGAGGAUUUGCAAUGGAAAAUUUGUUGCAAUCUUUGUAUGUAGAAAAUAGAGCUGGAUUCUUCUUCACUAAAUUCUGUGAGCAUUCAGGGAACAAGUUGUGGAGGAACAGUGUGUACUUUUGGUUUGACCUACAGGCUUAUCAUCAGCUUUUCUACCAAGAAGCACUUCAGCCUUUUAAAGUAUGCAAGCAAGCACAAUUUCUGUUUGCUACAUAUGUUGCUCCUUCGGCCACUCUUGAUAUUGGACUCCAACAGGAAAAGAAAAAAGAAAUUUAUAUGAAAAUGCAGCCACCAUUUGAAGACCUUUUUGAUACAGCAGAAGAAUAUAUCCUUCUCCUCCUUCUUGAGCCCUGGACAGAAAUGGUGAAAUCAGACCGAGUUGCUUAUGGAAAGGUGGAGCUAGUAGAGGAAACUCGACAGCUGGAUUCCGCAUACUUCAGAAAGUUACAGGCUUUGCAUAAGGACACAUUUUCCAAGAAAGCUGAGGUCACAACCUGUGAAAUUGGAACUUAUAUUUUACCACUCCCUGGCAUCUCUAAAGAAACAGAAUAUUGGAGCAAAGUUCCUGAAGAAUACAGGCAGUUUAAUUUUUAUGAUCUGCUUAACAACAAACUAGAAUUUGAACAUUUCCGUCAGUUUCUUGAGGCUCAUGCUGGAAGCAUGGACCUUAUGUGCUGGACAGACAUUGAGGAGUUCCGAAGGAUAGCAUACAGAGAUCGAAUUCAAAGGGAGGCAAAAUCUAUAUACAUUAAAAACAAAUACCUUAAUAAGAAAUAUUUCUUUGGACCCAACAGUCCAGCUUCUAUCCAUCAACAGGACCAGAUAAUGCAUUUAAGUGGUGGCUGGGGGAAGAUUCUCCAUGAGCAGCUUGAUGCACCUGUUCUAGUGGAAGUUCAGAAGCAUGUCCUAAAUAGGCUAGAGAAUGUCUGGUUGCCGUUGUUUCUUGCAAGUGAACAGUUCACAGCACGUCAAAAGAUAAAGGUACAGAUGAAAGACAUAGCAGAAGAGCUCUUACUACAGAAGCAUGAACGGAAAAUCGGGGUCUGGAAGCCGGUAGAGAGUAAGUGGAUAUCUUCAUCUUGUGAUAUCAUUGCUUUUCGUAAGGCAUUAUUGAAUCCAGUCACUGCAAGACAAUUUCAACGUUUCGUGGCUCUGAAAGGAGAUUUAUUAGAAAAUGGGGUGCUUUUUUGGCAAGAAGUACAAAAAUACAAGGACUUGUGCCAUUCUCAUUGUGAUGAGUCCUUCAUCCAGAAGAAAAUCACGACUAUUAUCAACUGCUUUAUUAACUCCAGUAUUCCACCAGCUUUACAAAUUGACAUUCCAGUUGAGCAAGCCCAGAAGAUUAUUGAACACAGGAAGGAGCUGGGACCAUAUGUAUUCAGAGAAGCACAGAUGACGAUUUUUGGGGUUCUAUUUAAAUAUUGGCCUCAGUUUUGCGAGUUUAGGAAGAACUUAACUGAUGAAAAAAUUAUGAGUGUUUUAGAGAGACGACAAGAAUAUAAUAAACAGAAAAAAAAAUUGACAGUCGUUGAAGACGAAAAAUUUGGAAAGGAUGGACUCAAACAAUAUAUAAGUGCUACGGGGUCUGUUACCAAGACAUCUGCCUUAGUCAGUGAAUCCUUCGUAGGCCUGCAAGCGUACGGCCGACAGCCUACUUGGUGCUACUCAAAGUACAUAGAAGCCUUAGAACAGGAGAGAAUACUUCUUAAAAUCCAAGAAGAACUGGAAAGAAAGCUAUUUACAGGCACGGCAUCUCUCACAAAUUUUAAACCUACUUCCUCAGUUAUGUCUUUGAAAAAGAAUGUGUCUUCCAACCACAGCCAGAAGUGACAGCACUCAACGUACUUAUAUCCUGCUGCUCAGUGAAAGGAAUUCUUUAAACCCAAUUUAACUGACAUGAGAAGCUCGAGUGAUUUAAUGGAUACAUUACAGCAAGCCUAGCAUCUAAAUAAAAUUCGGCUUGUUUUACUCC